AUGUUAAAUGCGGCCAGGCAAAUUGGUGGCCAAUUUGCUGUACAGCAAAAAGAAAAGUUGGCCAAAUAUCUUUCGGCAUUUCAACUGAAAUAUUAUUUUGCUGUGGAUAAUACAUAUGUUGGGAAGAAGCUUGGCAUCAUUUUGUUCCCUUUUGCACAUCGAAAUGCGAUCCCCCUCUCCCUUAUUCUUCAGUUUUUCUUUUUACAACAUCCAUUACUGUGCCCCACAGCGCUCCUUCAUUUCCGGUUUACUCCCGAGCAGUUGGGCAUCAUUACAACAAAUGCCAUGGCAUAUCUAAUUUUCGAGAACAUUUUAAUCACAAUAACGAGGUAUAUUAUGAACAUAUCGCAAGCGCUGACAUUUUGGCAUUCGCUUGCAUACAGCAGUUAUAAAUUCGUUGGGAUGAAUAUUAGCUUGUUGGCUUUUAUUGUAGGUGGUAAAAUUACCUAUUAUUGGGUCUUAGCAUAUACAUCUUUUGCUGUUGUUUUCUUUUUGCUACGUACCGUGAAGACAUUCAUUCUGGAUGUGCAGAGCUCGUACACUGAAGAGGGUGGACGAAAGCGUAAAAUAUAUUUAUUACUUUUUAUAGCAUUCACGCAGCCCUUUCUGAUGUGGUGGUUAACCAGCUCGGUGACCAGUUAUACGCCCAGCAAAUUGGAUUUCGCGCAACUUGCUCUGUCAGGUAUGGGACUGAGCAAAGCAGCAAGUAAAGGCCAGGUACCGGUGCUACCGAAUGGAGAAGUUGAUUAUGAAGCGUUACUUAAAAUGCCCUGA